CAACCCACCAGGUGCUUUUUAAAAAUAACCAGAGCUUCAAAUGCAUUGUGGGAAGAGAAAGUUACUUUCACUUUGCAUCAAAGGGCAGCAGAGGAGCGAAUGCAAUUCAGGACUGUUGGCUAUCAUUAUUUCCCAUCCUGGCUGGGAUUGAGGACGAUCAUAGUUUGAUCGUUGGGUAUCCAUCCUUCCAAAACCGGGUUAAUGAAGUAUCAAGAAGAGUGGGAGUGUCCACAAGCCUGCAGACACAGUAACAGCGUUGCAGUACUAAAAUGAUCCAAGCCACCACUCAGAGGGAUCCUGAAGUUUCUGCUGGCGACAGGAAAGACGACGAUGAUGACACAAUAAUAAACCUGCAAUUAUAUCCAUAUUCAGAAGUUGGUGAUGAUUUAAAUGAUGGAGGGAUCCUGAAGCAUUCCACCACCCUGACAAACCGUCAACGUGGCAAUGAAGUGUCUGCCUUGCCAGCUACUUUGGAUACUCUGUCUAUUCACCAACUUGCAGCUCAAGGUGAACUGAUCUUGUUAAAGGAGAGCCUCCGAAGAGGUGAGAACCUGCUGAACAAGCCAGACGAGCGAGGAUUCACCCCUCUGAUGUGGGCCUCGGCUUUUGGAGAGAUUGAAACCGUCCGCAACAUGCUGGAAUGGGGUGCAGAUCCCCACGCCCUGGCGAAGGAGCGGGAGAGUGCCUUGUCCCUCGCAAGCACAGGAGGAUACACAGGCAUUGUCACCUUGCUGUUGGAGAAGGACGUGGACAUCAACACCUACGAUUGGAAUGGUGGAACUCCACUUCUUUAUGCUGUGCGGGGCAAUCACGUGAAGUGUGUUGAGGCCUUGCUAGCCCGGGGUGCCGACCUUACCACUGAAGCUGAUUCUGGCUAUACUCCAAUGGACCUUGCGGUGGCUUUGGGGCACAAAAAAGUCCAACAAGUGAUUGAAAAGCACAUUCUCAAGUUAUUCCGGAACAAGGAAAGAGAUGAAAAGCACCUUGGGUCAGAGUGAUGAGCAUCUCAGUUUUCUCUCCUCAAUCAAGGAAAUGGACGGAAGGGUCUUUCAGACAGACCCGUUCUGUGGGAACCUGCAGAGAUGGUACACAACUGGGCCUUUGAAGACAACAGGGUACCGAGAGGAGCACCUGAGUUUUUCCAAAAGAAACUCAGCCUUUUGAACAGUGGGUUACUGGGGCGUCCCAAUGCCAAACUUACUACUUCUUCUCAAGGAAUUGCUAAUUUACCUCUCCUGGAGCUUUAUGGAAAUUUCUCCUGUAUGCCAAGCCACAAAUGGAAGAAAAAAGGAAACUGUUACCUAGCAGAACUUCCUUCAAGUUAUACAAAAAUCUUACUUAGAUGUACCUGUGUGCAGGAGAGAGGAAAAUGUGGGAUUCUAGUAUGAUAUGCCUCAACUACUUAGGACAGUAUUACUCAACCUUGGCAACUGUAAGAUGUAUGGACUUCAACUCCCAG